AUGAAUUUUGAGGAAUACAGCGCUAGCGCUUCCGAAGAAAUAAAUGAUGAUAUUUUUGUUGAUCAAAUUACCUUUGCAAAUGCUCAAACCUUACUAAACGAUGAUGAUGACAAUGAUAAUAUGAAUUGGAAUGAGAUUGAACCUGAAGAUUUUAACCCUUAUAGUAAUUCCUUUCAAAUAAAUAAUGACAUAGACGUAGAAAUUGAAAUAGAGUCAGGUGAUAAUAAGUUGCAAGAAAGACUUCUAUCUCUGAUAACCCCAACAUUAGCUAUUUUUAUCAAUAAAACAAUGAAGGAAAACUUAUCAGAAAUAGAAGCGGUAAAACUUCUAAGUAAAUUAUUUAUUAGAAUAGCAUUAAGAAUAGGAAAAGUUGAAUCAAAUAAGUUAAAAAAGGAAAGGUCUCAUAUAGUAACUCUAGAAGAAGCUUCAAUGAUGGAAGAAAAAUUAGAAAGAUAA